AUGGCUGCCGACGCGGGCAGCGGCUGGCCCUUCACAAGGUCCCUUGAGGGGGAAGCAGCAGAAGAAGACGGGUUUCCGUCUCCUGAGGAGAGUGCCGCGUGGCUGAAAGAAGGCCUCAGUGGGCUGCAGCAGACGCCACCAGAUGGGAGGUUGGGGAACGUCCGUCUUUCGCUUUCGGGAAGAGGCCUGGGGCAGCUGGUUCUACUAUGCGACUUCACUAAGCUGCUGCUCCUUGAUGUAUCCCACAACAAGCUCAGCAGCCUAUAUCCCGUUCGCCUAGCUGCAAACCUCGUUCGACUUGACGCCCAAAACAACCAAAUCAAAUCUGUAUCCGAGCUCUCCGCAAACCCCAAGCUGGAGCACGUCAACCUCAGCAACAACCUCAUCACCGCUCUAGGUGACUGGCAAUUCAACGUCCGUUUACGUGUGCUCCGGCUCGCCAGCAACCGAAUAGCCUCUUUAAAGGACGGUAGCUUGGAGAAGAACACUUUACUAAGGGAACUGGAUAUCAGCCACAAUGCAGUUGACUCACUCGAGUAUCUGCCCCAUCUCAAGUGUCUAGACACUCUAUAUGUCAACAAUAAUCAACUAAAAAGCCUUGAAGGCAUUCAACGAGCUCCCCAUGUAGUUAUACUUCAUGCCGAGAGCAACAAGUUGGAAACCCUAGAGCCCCUAGGACUCGGGAGGAACGGCCUGUUGCGAGAGCUGUACAUACAGCAUAACGCUGGCCUGGAACAACCGCUGCAAUUGUCACCGCUGAAGUCAACAGAGGCCCUGCAGAGCCUGCACGUGGCGCCAGGACCAAUGGUAUCUUUUCCUCACUGGCGGCUGCACUGCGUGCACAUGUUGCCGCAGUUGCUCCAGAUUGAUGGGGUAACUGUGACUGCAGAGGAGCAGUUCACUGCAGCUGAGGCCUUCGGGGACCUGCUCUACGCCCAGAGAAGAGUGUGGGAGGCGCUUAUCCCCGAUGAACCGUUCGUUGAUCGGCGUCUUCUGAAACUGGACGAGCCAACAGCAGCAGACUCCACAGAUCCUGUGGUGUUUUCCGACACUUAA